AUGCUUACCCUAGAGGCCGCCUUAACUGGAGCCGUAGCCUCGGCGAUGGCUAAUGUUGCAGUAUACCCACUGGAUUUGUCGAAAACGAUUAUUCAGUCACAAGUGUCUCGUCCUGAUGUAACUAAGUCGGAGAAUGGAAGCAAAAAUGUGGCUAAAAAGAGGUACAAGAAUGUGCUGGACUGUAUGAUAAGUAUAUUUAGGGAAAAGGGUAUAUUCGGUCUGUAUCAAGGUAUGACAGUUACCACAGUGGCCACUUUUGUUCAGAAUUUUGUUUAUUUUUUCUGGUACACAUUAAUUAGGAAGUUUUACAUGAAAAGCAAGCUUUCAAGGCCGCAGUUAUUACAAAACCGCGGUAAUUCCGCCAGGCCCUCUACGGUCGAAGAAUUGGCCCUGGGAGUGGCAGCUGCCAGUAUAUCUCAACUCUUUACGAGCCCAAUGGCCGUCGUCGCCACAAGACAACAAACUGUUCACUCUGCAGAGUCUGCAAAAUUCAGGAACGUCAUUAGGGACAUCUACCGUGAAAAUAACGGAGACCUCACUGCAUUUUGGAAGGGAUUAAGAACAGGAUUGGCACUGACAAUAAACCCCUCUAUUACAUAUGCUUCAUUUCAAAAACUGAAAGAAGUUUUCUUUCAUGAUCAUUCCAACGAUGUCGGCAGCUUGUCCGCGGUCCAAAAUUUUGUAUUGGGUGUCCUUUCCAAGAUGAUUUCCACGCUAGUCACGCAACCCUUAAUAGUUGCGAAAACAAUGCUUCAAAGCGCAGGCUCUAAAUUCACUACUUUCCAAGAGGCCCUUUUGUAUCUGUAUAGAAAUGAGGGGUUGCGGUCACUUUGGAAGGGUGUUCUUCCUCAACUAGCGAAAGGCGUGAUUGUACAAGGCUUGUUGUUCGCCUUUAGAGGGGAAUUGACCAAAUCCCUAAAGAAACUCAUAUUCCUGUACUCUUCAUUUUUCGCGGCGCGCAACGGACAACGUAAGUUGGUUUCCACUUGA